UGCCGCUACAGUACAUUUUAUUACACUGUAACUCUCGACAGUAUAUCGUAAGAAACAUCUAUCGUGGGAAUGUGAAGGUCGUGUUUGAUAAAUUGUGAUACUACGGUUCGUUCAACAUGGCUCUACUAACAGCGAGCUUGAUUCUGGACCUCCUCAUAGUCGUCGCAUCAAUUUCGGCGUACAUAUAUUACCGUCUAACCCGAAAUGUAAAAUAUUGGGAGAAACGCGGGGUCCUGGAGAUCCCUAGGAGCCUCCUAUUUGGAAAUUUUGCCGAUUGCUUAUUGGGAAAGAUUGCACCCUGCGAAUAUCUGCAGGACUUGUACAACAAAUCCAAAGGACUACCUUACAUGGGCUUCUACAUCUUCAACAAGCCAUAUUUUUUGGCUCGUGACCCUGAACUUUUGAAACAUAUUCUAGUCAAGGACUUCAAUGUAUUCGCUGAUAGAAACGCUACUGCGGACGCUGAACGCGAUCGUUUAGGACACGCGAAUCUUUUCAUGAUAAAGAAUCCUACAUGGAAGCCGUUGAGAACUAAACUCACGCCAAUUUUCACGACGGGAAAGCUGAAGAAAAUGUUUGAUCUCAUGUUGCUGAUCGCUAAAGACCUUGAGACGUGUUUGAACAACAUGAAUUUGGAAGGUGACGGAAAAAUAGUCGAAGUGAAGGAUCUUUGUGCGAACUUCACCACCGACAUGAUUGGCAGUACUGCAUUCGGUUUGCAGGUGGGUUCGUUGCUAAAACCAAAUGUGCCAUUCAGAGAUUGUGGCAGAAAAAUGUUUGACUUCAAUCUACGACGAGGUCUAGAGUUGACAGUAGUGUUCUUCCUGCCAGAAUACGUGAAAUAUACUCGAGUGAAAGUAUUCGGGGAAGAUACCAGUAAAUUCUUGCGCGAUGUUUUCUGGCAGGUAAUCAACGAACGAGUUAAAUCGCAAGAGAAGAGAAACGAUCUCAUCGAUGUUCUUAUCGAGCUCAGACGGAAACAUGAACAUGACACCGAUAUGGCUGGAUUCCAAUUCAACGGUGAUGAUUUGGUAUCACAGGCCCUCAUAUUCUUCACUGGUGGUUUUGAAACAUCCUCUACUACCAUGUCCUUUACGUUGUACGAACUCGCUUUACACCCUGAAAUUCAACAAACUCUCAGGAGCGAGAUUCUUCAAGCCCUUGAAGAAUCCGGCGGCAAGAUCACAUACGAAAUGAUAACGACGCUACCAUACCUCGAUAUGGUAAUUUCGGAGACCCUCCGUAAAUACCCACCCCUAGCAUUCUUGGAUCGCGUCACUAGCCAGGAUUACAAAGUACCAAAUUCUGAUCUGGUGCUGGAGAAAGGUACACCAGUGUUCAUACCCAUGAUGGGUAUACACCGUGACCCGGAGUACUAUCCUGACCCGGACAAAUACGACCCAUCGAGGUUCACCGAAGAGAACAAACAGAAGAGACCAAACUUUACAUAUUUCCCUUUUGGCGAGGGACCUCACAUUUGCAUCGGUUCUCGAUUGGGACUCAUGCAAUCGAAGCUCGGAAUAGUGCAGGUGAUCAAGGAUUACGAAGUGAUGCCCUGUGAUAAAACAACGGUUCCAGUGGUUCUGAAUCCCAGAGGACUCACCACGACAGCUCGAGAUGGAUUAUACGUGAAGUUGAGGAAGCUUACAACUGCUGCGGGUUAAAUGAGCUGGCACUCGUGUUGUAACAUCAUUUAGAUAUUUAUAUAAUAAUUAGUUGGUUAUUCUUUAUCCGACAUCAUAGAGAUUGCGAUGUUGCAUGGAACAGGAUACUAGAUAGUAAUAAAUAUGUUUGUACAAGUGGUUUUUAUUUCUGCAAUGAUAUGUAUGUACAUAUACUGACAUAGAUUUGUUCACCUAAUUUGCUUUUAAUUCCUUAUGAAACUGGCUGAAUAAUAAGUAAAUCAAUAAGUUACUUAGAAAUAAGACUGUGCAAUGUAAUGUGUGGCAGUAUAAGGCAUAAUAAAACACGUUGCGAUGUAAUACGAAUGUGAUAUGAUAUGUGGUGGUCUAAUGCAUAAAUGUGUAAUGCGUAGCGAUACGAUGGGUAGUGAUGUAUGUAUACAAUGCGUCACGCAUUGUAUCGCCAUAGGAUACAUACAAUACCACACGAAAAAUGUAUGAUACAUAGGCGACAUUGUUCGUGAGUGAUAUAACACGUAGGCAAUACAAAAUGUAAAGGAUAUAACACGUGAAUGAUAUGUAUAUGAGUUACAUACCGUGAAAGCAGUAUACAACGUGACUGAUCGGAGAUAAGAUAAACAUGUAUAUAACACGUGGCAACAAACAAAUGUACUACUGUAAAUAUAUAAUAUACUUUUGUAAAUAA